UUUUUUUUGUCAGUGGGUGGAAUUUGUGGGUAUGACAAAGGGCCGAAAGGAGACCGGUGACGGUGGUGGCUGGAAUGGGCGUCUAUGGGCGGCCGAGGGCGUUGAGGUCGAUCAGCCGAGGGCAAGUGUGAGACGGACCUCCUCUCUCACACCGCACAGCAGAGGAUGCACACCGAGCGCGAAAGGCCUGCAGGCAUGGCAGGGGCCGUGUCGGCGGGAGACCGGCAGGCAGCGUGUGGCAGGCGAGAUGAUUAUCACAGCUGCGGACGGACGGACGGGCAAGCCUGUGGUGAGUCUGUUGUUGAACAGCACCACUAAGUCCGUGUGAAGCGUUGCCCGCUGCUGGUUUUUCAACGGGGCCUGUAGCUUUUCUUUCUUCCUCAGAACCGUCACGACCCGGCCUUCCGCCAUGAAGUGUUUCUCCCUCCCCGUCUUCCUCCUCCCCACGCUCGUCGCCGCCCACAACGCCGCCAACCAUCAUGCACGACAGGCCGCGUCGAGCACAAGCGGAGCAGCCGCUGCGUCCUCGGUGGUAGCGAGCGGGUCAGCGGGCUCUGCUCUCCCGUCAACGGUGACGUUCUCUUUCAUUUCUACCAACCCCACCGCCAUCCCUCUCUCCGAGAUCAGGACCGGCACUGCCCAGACACAGUCGACCAUCGCCCUCUCGACAACGUACCAAGCCAGUGCGACGCAGACCUACGUCCCCAAUGCCCCCGGCCUCCCGUCCGCCUUGCCCGUCCCGUCAAACUACCCCACGCUCGACAAGACCCCGCCGACCGACUCCGACGAAGUCCAGCAAUGGAUCCAGGAGGUUAUGAACUCAGGCGUCGACAUCCCCGACAUCCCCGUCACCAACCCCGGUGCCUGCGCUAACAACACCGCCGCCGUUGCCAACGCCUCCACCAACUGCUGGUGGACCUGCGGCGGCUGCACGCGGUCCACCGACGUCGCCUCCUGCCCGACCAAGAACGCGUGGGGUGUCUCCUACGACGACGGACCCUCGCCCUACACCCCGAACCUCCUCCAGUACUUCGCCCAGCAGGACCUCCGCGCCACAUUCUUCGCGAUCGGCUCCCGCAUCAUGGAGCGCCCUGCCAUCCUCCAGGACGAGUACAUGAGCGGCAACCAGGUCGCCGUCCACACGUGGAGUCACCCGUACAUGACGACCAAGACGACCCCGCAAGUCAUCGCCGAGCUCGGCUGGACGAAGAAGCUCAUCAAGGACACCCUCGGCGUCACUCCCGUCUACUGGCGACCGCCCUACGGUGAUAUCGACGACCGCGUGCGCGCCAUCUCGACCGCGAUGAACCUGAUACCCAUCGUCUGGACGCGCAUCAGCUCCUCGCAGACGUUCGACACCAACGACUGGGACAUCCCCGCGGGCACGACGAACGUCUUCCAAGUGCUCGACAACUGGGCGGCGAUCAUGGACAACUCGACGAAGAUCGACACGGGCUUCAUCGUGCUCGAGCACGACCUCUACGAGCAGACCGUCGACGUCGCGACGGGCUACAUCCUCCCGCAGGCGCUCGCGCACACGCCCAAGUACAACAUGACGCCGAUCGUCGAGUGCCUCAACGAGCCGCUCGCGAACGCGUACCUCGAGACGAACGACAACUCGAGCCACCCGCUCCCGCUUGCGUCGGUGCAGGCGACCCAUACGGGGUCUUUGUCCGCUGGAGCGUCAAGCACUGGUGGCAGUAGCUCUGGGAACAGCAGCGGCAGCCUGAGCAAGGCGAACGUCGGUUCUGUGCUAUUGACUGCGAUAAUGGGGUCCAUCCUGGCCGUGGUCGCCCUUACCCUCCACUGAUAGCCCGUUCCGCUACCAGAACGUUAUCUUCUUGAGUUAUUGUUACAUACCGCUGAGCGCUAUAAUGAGCGUACGGACCUGACACCUUGCUUAGCUAUUCCACUCUCCCGAGACGAUUUUACGCACAUUUCCAUGUACUUGGCUGGCUGACUGACGUCCCAGUGACCAUCAUGCACCCCAGUUGUACUGGACUUUCCAGUCCUUGUGAAUAACUUCCACCUGAUGCUGUGCCAUUCCUUUGUACACUGCCGCUCAUGCUGUGAGACUGUCCAGUAAUGUAAUGCUAGUCUUAUUGCACUGAAGCUGUGAUAAUCAGGAGCCUUUUCAGGUGCUCUGCGAGUGCUCAUCCUAGUCCUCGAGGGGACUUUGUGUGUAACUUCCGGUGCUGGUGAAUGAAUUUAUCGAUCUUUUCCGAUUGAAAGAUUCCAAACAGG